UCUUUCUUGAUUCUCACACCUCAACCUUUGAAACUACUAGCAGACGCCUCCAGAAAACAGAGAAAGCAAUAAAUAAUAGCAAUGUCCCAGAAAUCAUACACUGGAUCGUGCCUCUGUGGCGAUAUCAAGUAUCGAAUCGAUCUACCCUCCGCCGAACCACCCAAGGUCUUCCUCUGCCACUGCACCACUUGCAAGCGCUACACUAGCUCUGGGUUCUCCGCCAACAUUAUCAUCCCGAAACCGAACUGUCACUACACCAAGGGUUCCCCCAAAGUCUACCUGGGUGAGAAUGACACUGGAGGCAUCGUGCGGCGCGAGUUCUGCGGUAACUGCGGGGCAUCAUUGUUGUCGAAGCCGAGUGAUGAUCGGGGGGUUAUCUUUGUCAAGUCCGGGACGCUGGAUGGUGAGUUUCGGGAAGAGUGUCGGGAGCUGGGGGGAGAGAUUUAUUACCAUCGGAAGGAUGGCUGGGUGGAUGGGAUGAAGGAGGAAGGAGUGCUGAGAAUAAAUGGCAUGCCUCAGGAUUACUAAGUAGGCUGUUACGGCAUGUCUAUAUUCUUUAUUAAGACAACGAUGUGGUUCACUCUGGAAUAAGGUAGAUUCCUAUAGGGUAUUAUUGAUUAAACUUGGCUUUUAGGAUUUCACAGAGUGGGGUGGUAAUACAAAGAAUACAUUGG